AUGGACGGGCUGGACACAGGGAAGGAGGAAGACAGCACGUUCACCAGCAUUUCUCUCACGGAUGACACAGAAUUGUCAGUUUCCUCCAAGUUCCACACCCUGCUCCAAGGCUGCUGUAGUAUCCUUAUAGCCUUUGACAUCUACAGGAUGGAGAGUGAGGCCCUGGUUUUAAUCACUGAUGUUGUGAGACUUCCAACCUCACUUUCCAAGCUCCUGGCGAAACAAAAGAUCCUCAGCCAGGACCGCUUUCUUGGGCGCGUCUUCUCUUCUGCGCCGUGA